GAGUAAUAAUAUAUAUAUAUAUAUACAUGGGUGACACACACGCUCUCUCCAUUUACAGAACCACUCCUCCUCCGUCCCCGGCCGCCGGCAACUUCAUUCAUCGCGGCCGUCAGUCUCUACUUCUCUCCAGACCCACCACCCAUCUUCUCCACCAUCCUUUUCCACUUCGAGCAGUGAGCAACGAAUCGAAUGGGAGUGAAAGAGGUGGAGUGGAGAGAUCCGAGGCCGAUAGAAUGGUGGACGCCAUGGAUUUUGGUGAGCUUUGUAAUGAGUUUGAGUGCUUCAGUAGUCCUCAGGUUGAAUCCACCGCCAGACAACUGGCUCGUGAUAUUCUUCAGCUCAGUCAACCAAAUUUUCCCCUUGCAUCCUCUGUCAUAUACAAGGAUCCAGUAAGAAGUUUUAGAGGGCGUGACAAGUACAAGAGACCGCUAUGGGUUAGUGGCGCAUUGGAAAACCCAUCUGUGACAGUGGAGGAAAUGGAGAUGUUAUCAACAAGUGUAUUGAGCAUAAAAUGGACAAUGAGAGGGAGGCCAAAGUGGUUAACUAGUGGAGGAGAAGAGUUGAUAGUAAAAGUGAGUUCCCAAUUCACUCUAAACCAGAUAAGUGGUCAAGUGAUUGAGCAUCAAGAGGUUUGGGAUUUAUCGGCAUCAUCAUCAAUUGCGCAACUUUUCUUCUGGACAUCAUGUCGUCUGCUCGCAACAAUCGACACGACUAAAGACUUGGGAGACCUUGUCAAGGGCUUCUCCUCCCAAAAACCAGACGUAGACACUUAUCCUCAGCCAUCUGUUGAUCCAACCAAGUUCUUCCAAUCGGAGGACAGCUUCCAACGAGAUGCAUACCAAUUUGUCUUCUUCGUUGCGCUUGUAUAUUUCGUAGUACAGUUAUUAAGAACCACUUUGUAAAAUCUUUUCUCGUUCCUUUUCUUAUAUUUUUGUUCAUUGUUCUACCUGUAAAUUGCAGGUAUAUUAAGAUCCACAUUGUACGUUUCUUUGUUGAGAAAAUGCAUAUAGGUAUUACAUAUUAAAUUUAUCUAAAAUUAGAUA